AUGGUGUUAGGCCCUUGGCGCUUUCUCACUUGACGGAGCGACCCGUAACUUCCCAACCCAUCUCCAACCUCACCUGUAAUUGAAGUUCAAAAACAUCGAAGUAGAACAAACCAGCGUAUUACACCACCUCGACGACAAACAAGUUUACCGGGUCUACUAACCCACCCACCACCGAUCAGCGACUUUCAGAAGCCACCCCGCGAGGUACAAAAAGGGGAACGAACGCCUAGAAAAUGGACUUCGCCUCGUUAAUGUCCAAAGAAAUCGCCAAAGCCAAAGGCGCCACCACCACCUCCUCCUCGCCAUCCGCAUCCACCACACAGCCCAAAUACAUCUCUCGGCGCGAAGCCGAAAAGGCGCGUGAAGCAGCAUACCUAGCCGAGCAAAAGGCACUCGAGGAGCAGCGGGCGGCCAAGGCGGCGGCCAAGCGCAAGCGGGAGGAGGAAGCCGCGGAGGAGGCGCGCGCGCGCGAGGAGAAGAAGCGGCGGCUGGCCGAGGAACUUCGGCGGCGGCGGGAGGCCAAGGAGGCCGAGGAGGAGCGGGCGAGGAGGAAGAGACUGGGCUUGCCCGAGCUGGUUGAGCAGAACAAGGACGGCGACGGUCAGGGGCAAAAGAGGGAUGAGGAUUACGAUGAUGAGGAGGGGGCGGAAUUGGAUGGGGCUGGAGGGGCACAGGGUGAUAUCCCCGAGGAGGAGCUACUGGCUAAGCUGAGAGGGCUCGGGGAGCCGGCCGUGUUGUUCGGCGAGGGCCACGAGGCGCGGUUGAGGCGGUACCGCAGGCUGGUCAGGUUGGGAUCGGCAGCGGCGGCGGCGGCAGCGGCCGGGCCGAUUGCUACCACGCUUCUUCCCGUUGAGGAGAAGGACAUGAAGGUCCCUGACAAGCUGCCCCCUGCAUCCGACAAGAAGGCGCGGCGGUUCCUUUUCCGGCAGCUGGCGUCGUACUUCAACAUGGUACUACGCGAGUGGGAGGCGGCGUUGGUGCGCGAAAACAACGCCGACACGUUCGCGGGCCAGGCCGCGCGCAACGCGAUGGUGUCGAGCAAAGAGACUAUGCGGCCGCUCUUUCGCAAGUUUGAGCAGGGCGACCUAGAUGAGAGCAUUCUCGAGGCGAUCGUCGAGAUCGUCAAGGCCGCGCAAGAACGGCGCUACGUUGACGCCAACGACGGGUAUCUGCGCUUGAGUAUUGGCAAGGCGGCGUGGCCCAUUGGUGUCACCAUGGUGGGUAUCCAUGAGCGUAGCGCGCGCGAGAAGCUCCAUGACGGAGAGAGAGGUCAUAUCAUGGGUAGCGAGGUCACGCGCAAGUACCUGCAAAGCAUCAAGAGAUGCUUGACGUUCGCUCAGGUCCGCUGGCCCCCAGAGGAUAUCCGUCAGUUAAUGGGAUGA